AUGGUUUCUCUAAGCGGAGAAAGGCGUUCUAUUCCUAAACGUAAUAUUAGAACCCAUUCUUGUCGCCCUACUUUUGUACUUUCUUGCUUGUUUGCUUUAUUUGUUGCUUUUAUUGCGCAUUUUUGGUUCUUCCUACCAGUUAAACAGCCUUCUUCUCCUGAAGAAAAUCUUGUUGUAUGGAUUAAACAUCCUCAACAUACCGACCCUGUCAAAGUUCACGUACCAUAUAAUGCCGACGUUGCAGACGUCAAGAAAGUUGUAAAACAAGAAUUACAACCUGCGCUUGAUAAAGAGAGUCUUGGCAAUGUAGUGAUUUUGAGCCCAAAGCUUGGUCGACUAGAUCCUCGCACACUAAUUAGAAAAGUUGCGGUGGAUACAAAUGAACAUUUAAUUGUUUUUGUGGAUAAUCUUGAUUCAAAACUAUUUCUCAAGCGGCUCACUAAUGAUCAACUUCCACUACAAGUCAAUGCUCCCUUAUGUCUCAUAAACGAUGAGGCUUAUAUAGUCGUGGUAAAAGUGCUCAUGGGGCAAUAUUCGCAACAAGAUGUCGUCGCUUUGAAAAACAAUCUUUGCGACUCAAGCAUUGAAAGUUGGAGUUCUAAAUAUUCGUAUACUAGCCGGUAA